AAUCGCAUUUUUUCUUUUCCUGACUUUCUCUCCCGUAAUACUUCGACUUUCAUCGGCUAUGAAAUAUCAGCAUCACACUUGAAAACAAAAUUAAUUGAUUUUUCAACUCCACCUAAGCGUGGAUACAUAAAAAAAUGACAAAUAUCAAGUUCUUUUGACGUCAUAUGAAAAAUUAUUUCUUGUUUCAACGGAGUUCGCAUUUGAAUGCAUGGACUUGUUGAGAAUCUCAAUCUGUGAGAAAACUGGGAAAAGUAUUUUCAUUCUGCAUAGCCAACCUGCUGAACAUAUCAAGGAUAUAACUCAAGCCUGCAAGCUUGUUAUUAAUUUAUUAUCAUGGCACUAGGCAAGACCAAGAGGAAAAAUGCGGCUGCUUCAAAAACUGCCUCUAAAGAGUCGGUGGGCAGUGGGGCACCGCCAGCCAAAAGGGCAAAAGCCUCUGAGCCGGCGCUGCUGACCAUCAGCCGGCGUAACUCGGUUCCGGGCGCCGUUCUUACCGUCGGGGAGGGCGACACCGGCCAGCUGGGGCUCGGACCCGACACCAUGGACUGCAAGCGCGUCAAACUGGUGCCCCAGCUGGAGAAGGACGUCAUUGACGUGUACGCCGGCGGCAUGCACACGCUCUGUCUCACCAAGAAUGGCAAGGUGUACACGUUCGGGUGUAACGACGAGAGCGCGCUGGGCCGCAGCACGGCCGAGGAGGACAGUGAGAUGUCGCCGGGCCUGGUGGCCGGCCUGGGCGCGCCUGUGGUCCAGCUGGUGGCCGGAGAUUCGUUCUCAGCGGCGCUCACCGAGGCUGGAGAGGUGUUCGUCUGGGGCACCUACCGCGACUCUAGCGGCGCCAUCGGUCUGGUGGAGGCGAAUCAGCAGGAGGCGGCGCCGCGCCGGCUACCCCUGGAGGCCUCGGUCGCCCAGCUGGCGGCCGGAUCCAACCACCUGGCUCUGCUGGACACUGCCGGACACCUGUACACGGCCGGCAACGGCGAGCAGGGACAGCUGGCGCGGGUGCCGGAGCUGUUCUCGCACCGCGGCGGGCGGCGGGGCCUCGAGAUGCUGCUGCAGCCUCAGCGGGUGCCGCUGGGCGGGCGGGGCGCACGGCGCGCCCGCUUCGAUCGCGUCUGGGCCGGCGCGUUCUGUACCGUAGUCCGCGACUCGGCGUCGGGCGCGCUGCUCGGCGCCGGACUCAACAACUACAGCCAGCUGGGCCUCGAGUCGGCCAUGGCCUGGAGCCUGGAGCCGAUGCGCCGGUUCUCUGAGCUCUCUAUCGACGAGUUUAACGGCGCGAUGCACCACUCUGUGGCGCGUGCCGCCGACGGGCGCGUCUACACACUGGGGAGGAAAGAGGACGGACGGCUGGGCGUGCCGGGCCUGACGGCAGACCUGACGGCGCCCACACUGGUGCCCAAGGUGGCCAGCAUGAAGUUCCGCAGCGUCAGCGCGGCCGGCUACGUGACGCUGGCCGUCACUGAGGACGGUAACCUGUACGGCUGGGGUAUGGGCAGCACCGGUCAGCUGGGACUCGGCGACGAUGAAGACCGGCAGGAACCGGAGCAGGCCAAGGGCAAACAGCUCGAGAACCGGGAGGUUCUGCUGGUCUCUGCCGGCGGCACCCACACAGUGCUACUGGCGCGGGACCGCCAGCAGAACGGUCACUGACACCGGCCGUCCUCCCCGGCGGUCCUAUCACGCCGCCGGACCGACCCGCGCCGGCCGCGGCGCAGAGUUUUUACCUCCCGCCCGCGCCGCCGCCGUCGUCGUCAGUGCGUCAUGUUUGUAUCGUGUGUUUUUAACGCCGGACAUCUUUGGGAGGUCGCCGGCGGUGCCAUCAGCGCGGUGUGACGUCAUGUCGCGCUUCACCACGUCAUCAGCAGCAGUGAGCCAAUACAAACGUCCGUCACCAG